AUGUCUCUCGAACAGGUUCGAAAUGUCGUUCUGCUGUUCAGUAAUCCUGUCUGGUCAGGUGCAAACACCAUCCCAUCGACUCUCAUCAAAAACAUCACUUCUCUCUCGACUUCCCUAGCCUACCAAGAUACCAUCUCAGGAAAUCUCACCACACUGAGCUCUAUAAACUCCGAAACACAGGAUGGGGUUAUUAAAGGUCUGCUCUACGUACCAGACCUCAGUACCAGCGACCCAUGUUACGAACAGCAGUACGACAUCAUUCCCCGCAAUGCCACCACCCAGGCGAGCCUGCCUCCCACCAACUACAACUUGAUUGCUCUUGCGCCAUGGUUCAACGCCUCUUGUACCAAAGCCUACCUUGCAUCCGCCCGCCUCGAUCCCAUCCGCGCUUUCGUCUUCUACCGGCCCGACAAUUCAACGGGGGAGCCACAAGAUGCCGAAUCGUCCUUAUGGGAUCUCGAAGAUGGUGGUGCCUGGCGCUACCAGAACCGUUAUCCUAUAUUCGCCAUACCCGGCGCCGAAGGCCAAAAAAUGAUGCACCAACUCAGUCUCUACUCUGGCAACAUAUCCCGAAUCCCUCACGGAGACCAGAUAGCGCAAAUAUACGACCCCCAUGACGACGACUAUGUUCGUAUAUGGACCGAGCUGACGGUAAAGGACCGUGGCAGUGUCCCUGCAAUGUGGACCUGGAUUCUUACAGUUGUCGGCGUUGUGUUGUUCAUCAUUGCCUGUCUGUCGCUCACAAUGCACCUAGUGCAGCGGAGACGCAGAAUAUCACUACGUAGGAGGGUUUUAAGUGGCGAAGUCGACCUAGAAGCGAUGGGCAUCAAACGCGUCACAGUACCAGUCACUCAUGUCAAGGGCUUUCCAUUAUUCACGUACAGUUUUCAGCCGGAUAUGAUUAGCACACCCUCUACGAUGAGGCCCUCGAAAUCGACUAGGUCACCGCGAAGCAUGCGGGCCGAUCAACGCACCAUAUCCGAGUCCACCACAAGCAGAUCCAGAGCGAGGAGAGGCAGUCAGAACAGCGCGACAAGUGCCGUCGCAACGAACUAUCAACCGCAAUGCCAUAUCUGCCUGGAGUAUUAUGUGGACCGAGAAUCAGUCAUUCGAGAGUUACCCUGCGGCCACAUAUUCCAUCCCGAAUGUAUCGACGAAUUCCUCGGCCUGAACAGUUCGCUAUGCCCGAUUUGCAAGAGGAAUAUGCUACCGCGUAAUUACUGUCCAAAAAUCUCCAACGGCAUGGUACGCCGUGAGCGGGCGAUUCGGCGUUUGAGGGAAAGGGUAGUGUUCGACGAGUCAGACGAUGAGGAAGCGGAGGUGAAGAGCAAAAACUGGGGCAAGCGGCUAUUCGGCACGGACAAAACGGCAUCGUCACCGACAGAAACACCAAUGACAUCCGUCAUCCCCUCGAAGCCUCCAAAGGCAGGUCAAGAUGCAGCCAACACUAGAACCCCUUCGGGCUUGGAGGCUGUAUCCUUGUCACGAACGCUUGAGCCUACUCAGGAGGAGCAAGAGGAUUUGGAACAGCCCUCAAGUCGAUCCGAUGGUCGAGAAGAACCACCGCAACCGCCGCCUCUGCCAGCUGCGAUAGCUCAACACUCUCACCGACACAAGCGCCUUAAAAUAGGCGGGCUGCGGCUUCGUGCUCCUUCGCAGGAUGACUCGAAACAAGCUCACCACCGACCAGAAGGGCGCAAGAGCCCCUCGGCGUUAGCACGGGCGCGGAUGAGAGCGCUCGCAGGCUCCCCUUUCGACGACCCAGAUGGACGCUCACCAGCAUGGAAACACUACGUCGUAAAGGUCUUCCCAGGCUUUUCGUGA